GAAGAAGUCUGACAAAUACACCUUUCCGUAUCUGAGAUCCAGUUGCCAAUCUUUAUACCGCACCUGCGAAACACCGUAACUUUUCUCAUCGCCAAUUUCCUCUGGGUUUUUCUCAGUGCUGUUCGCCUUUUCACUCAUCCUAAUUAUCGUUGCACGUUUCGCUUUUCUCUGGUUGGUUUAAUCCACUCUUUUAAUGUCCUCUUAUAUCAUUAUACUAAUUGAAUGAAGAAUUAAACUCAAGCAAAUAUGGGACCCGAAUCAAGCUCCGCGCCGGCACCGUCAUCGGCGACGGCGUCGACAUCGAUAUCGACAUCCACAUCAACUCCAUCGCCGUGUGUAAAGCGAGGCAGAGAUCCUGAAGAUGAGGUUUACAUUGAUAAUCUUCACUCUCACAAGCGUUAUCUCAGCGAGAUAAUGGCGUGUAGCUUGAAUGGAUUAACUGUUGGAGACACACUUUCUGAUAAUAUGAUGGAAUCUCCAGCCAGGUCUGAGAGCAUGUUCUAUCUCAGGGAUGAAAUGUCCUUGCAAUAUUCACCAAUGUCAGAAGACUCAGACGAAUCUAGGUUUUGCGACAACCAUAUAAUUACUUGCUCGUCUCAACCUGACAGCCUGCCAACUAGUCCAGUUUCCCCAUACAGAUACCAAAGACCACUUGGUGCAUUCUGCUCUACUGCUUCCUCCAGUUCAUCUUCUUCGCAUGGCUGCACUGUUACUUCCGUUAAUUGUACCCAGCCUCGUCAACGGGGUUCAGAUUCAGAGGGGCGGUUCCCGUCAUCACCUAGUGAUAUUUGCCACUCAGCUGACUUGAGGAGAGCCGCACUCCUGCGGUCUGUGCAGAUGAGGACACAACCUUCUAUUCCGUCAUCUUUUGAAUUGCCAUUUGGGUCUGGGCAAGAGCCUGUCCAUAAUAUAGAAGUUGAAGAACGGCAAUGCUCGUUUAUCAAGUCCUUAGUUGAUGACAGGGGAUAUCAAGUUGAGGACUGUCCUCCAUUGCGUAUCUCGGAUCCCGAAUUUAGCAGAGAAAAAUCGUGCAGGUUGCUGAAUACAAAUGUGAAGGGGGGUGAAUCCAGUCAUUGAGAUGCCAAUAGAUUGCAAAAGGCGACUACCUUGCCUUGCACAUCUCUUUUUUCUUGAAUCCGUUGUGAGAUUUCUAGCAUUUAGCAGCUAGAGGCAAGCGUCAGCUCUGUUUAUAGAAGAACUAUCUCUGAAAGAUGGAAAUCCAUAGGUUAAAUCAGAAGUUUUGCCCAGAGAUUUUGUUUGUUUAGGAUGACUGGCCCAUUCACUAUUAUUACCUACUCAAGGCACAAUUAUUAUGCAUUAAACAAAACGUGCCCGGGAUUAUAACCGGUGAACAUGUGUGUGUGUGUGUGCGUGUGUAUCAGCAGCCAUGGAUGUUAGUUCUUACAAUAUUUUGAAAAAAAAUAAUCCUUCAUUCUGAUUAAAUACAAUUUUGUAGUUAAUUGUUAAA